AUGGCUCCCCGCGUCCCUAACAAACGGAUCUCGGUGAUCGGUGGUGGUGGCAUGGUUGGGGCAGCUACUGUGAAUGCCUUGAUCCUUAAGGGCGUUGCUGCUGAACUUUUGAUUGUUGAUGUUGCUCCGAAGGCCGCCGAAGGACAGGCUCUUGACAUCGCCGACGCCUCCUUCAACUCCCCCGGG